AUGUCACUUCUUGACCCUCGUCAGUUCCUGCUCCCCGCAUUCUACCUGGAUCCUUCAACUCAAGCUUUUCUGGCCCACGCUUCUUCCCAAUCGUCUUCUCCUGGCGGCAAGAUGCCUUCUUCCUCGUUUCGUAUUUCCGAUAUCCUGGAUCCAUCUCCCAACAACUCGAACUACUCAAUUGAUGCCGGUAAGUGGAUGACCGAUGCCCUCAGUUCCAUUUGAUUCAACAAAGUUUUGUGGGCGUCGUGCGUUACCCAUCAAAACACCACUCAACCAUGCUCGAAUUUCUCCUCUCAAUGGUUAUGCGGAAAAUGAUAGUGUUUAGUGCCUCCCCCCUCCCAAUGUGUAUGUAGAGGGAUUAACGCUCAAAUGAACAUGUGAAUACAGUCAACCGGGGUCAGCUAUUGUUCUUCCGCUUGUGCACUAACAUCAUUUCAGAUCCAUCCCCACAGUCCAUCAAAUCCGAAGCAUCCUCCUCUCCAAGAGCCAGCACACCAGGAACUGAGCGAAUGGGGAGUCCGGCGAGUAAUUCGAAGAAAGCCCGCAAAGCGAGAACAAUCUUCACCGACAAACAACUUCAAGAACUUGAGAAUACCUUCGAGAAACAGAAGUAUCUCUCUGUUCAAGACCGGAUGGAUCUCGCGCACCGGAUGGGUCUCACUGACACACAAGUUAAGACCUGGUACCAAAACCGGAGGUUAGUCGCCGAGCUCAAUUGAGCAUCUCAAUGACAUUCAAUUAACUGAGGGUAUUCGCUACAUAUGUACAUUCUCAAAUUAAUAACAAGCAUUGCCGCCGAAUUUCGGGCAAGACCGCCCUUGUAGAUUACCCGGCCCGCUCACAUUUCCUAAUUAUUGUCCAAGGCGGCGGUGUUCUAUGCGAAUAUUUGAUGUGAUGACUUGUCAUGGGAGCACCAUCAUCAUCAUCAUAUUUUCGCCCAGCUUUUAGUAUCGGGUUGGAAAGAGAUCAUCUUUUGAAACGUAUCCAUGCGUUCACAAUCUGGAAGCCUCCUUUCCUUCAAAACUCUAUUGUUGUGCAGUUAUCCUCAGGGUGGUCCUCGCCCAUUUCGUGCACUAUUAAUGAGAAAUGGUGAAUAGGGUGUUUGGCACUGCUCUUAAGGCUGAUCACCUGGCCGUUCACGGAGGUCCUAUUAAUCCGAAUUCAGUCAAGAGGUUGUAUAAGCACGGUUAAUACAUCUAGUUACGACGGAGAAAACACUAGUAUCGGCAAUAACGGGCACUCAAAAUUAAGGUGUGAGACAUGAGACGUCCGGUAGAGUGUAACAAAUUAGCAACGGGUAUCGGUGUCAUUACAUUAUAACUUUCAGAACAAAGUGGAAGCGACAAGCCACCACCGGAAUGGAUCUUCUCUCCGAACCUGGAAAUCUGUCCGCAGUUCAAAACCUGAUCAGGAGCAGCCCCUACUGGACGAAUUACAUUACCGGGCUGCCACUUGGCUCACAGAUGCCCAUUGUCCCAAUGGGACUCCCCAUUCCCAUGAUUGUGCCCCCUACUCAAAGUUUCCAACCUUCCUCUUCUGCGAGUUCCCCCUCCACACCCAAGUCGAGUGUAUCCCCUCAAUUAGAUGUUUCCAACAACUCUGACUGA